UUUUUAUUCCACCUGUUCUCUGUUUAUGCUUUCAACUCAUAUAUCGAGAGAGAGAGAGAGAGAGAGAGAGAGAGAUUUUGGUCUUGACCAGGUGAUCAAUGACAGGAGUACCUUGCAAGCAGGAGGGCAUGGAAAUGGAAAUGGAAGAGUACUUUGAUGAGAUGUUUGGUGUUAAGGCUAAUAAAAGUAAUAUCCCUGCUCAUCAUGAGAUCUUCACCUCUCACCCUUUCUCUACUAACACUACCAACCAGUUGGUGGAGUACCCUCCUUCCUGGAAUCUUUCUUGUACUACGCAACAAACGACACCCAAGAACGUCCCUUCUUCUUCUGCUUCUGCUUCUGCUUCGGCCUAUCAGCUAAUUUAUGUCGAAAACAAGAACGCGAUCCCCAGCCUGGAAGAAUCAUUAGUUCAUGAUCAGUUUGUUAGCCCUUAUAAUGGAUUGACUGCUAAUUUAUCAUCCAACACACUACUGAAUUUUUCAUCCCCAGUACUGAUUAACCAGCAUGAUGAUUUAUCGAAGAGGGUUAGUUGCAGCAGCUUGCCGGUCAGGAGCACGUUACAGGCCCGAGAUCAUCUCGUGGCCGAGAGGAAACGCCGAGAGAAGCUAGGCCAGCUUUUCAUUACUCUUUCCAAAGUUGUGCCAGGUAUUAAGAAGUUGGACAAGGCUUCUAUACUUGAAGAUGCUAUUGACUACAUAAAAAUCCUGGAAGAACAGAUUCGAGUUCUUGAGAUAGAACAGGUGGAGAAACGGUCAGAGGAUAUCGAUAAUUCUACCUCUAAAGAGAGCUCCAACAUUAUUGAUGACAGCAUGAACGAGCUAUCAGCUGCUUCAGCAAUCAAGGUCAGAAUUUCAGACAGGAAUGUGCUCAUAAAAAUAUUGUGCAAGAAACAAAAGGGAUUCAUGUCAAGAAUUCACAUGGAAAUGGAGAAGAUGAAUCUGUGUGAGGUAGACGUAAGGGUGAUGCCAUUUGGGAGGGAUGCACUAGACAUCACCAUUCUCGCCCAGAUGCAAAGCGAAUUAUGUGUUACAGUAAAGGACAUUGUUGAUCACCUGGACAUGGCUUUCUUCAGUCCACCUCACAUGCAAUAGUAACUUUUGUUAGUCCCUGGACACAUCUUCUGUAAUUAUCAUUAUAAUUUUUUGCCAUCUGCGUCGGACUAUUAUUACUACACACACACACACACUUCUCGUCAUUAAAAUAAUAAUAAAUUUGUUCAUAAAUAUGUGUG